GAACACAUGCGCGGGAAGCAGCAUAAAUUGAUACUAUUAACUGUGCUCCAGGAAUGGGAUCAAUUUUCUAUGAUCGACUAAAUAGAAAUUUUGGCCUUUCCUCUAUCACUGCAAGUUGUGAACUAUUUCAGUUUUUAAACGAAACCCCGGUAACGGAAAAACUGGGGCAGGGCUACAAGACUUAAACACAGAUUUGAAAAAAAAUUGCGGUAUAACCUCUGUUCUACAUGUUCUAACACAAAGUUUAACAAUUUUCAAGACAAAAGACAAUUGAUCCACACAUUUUCUUCAACAGCUGAAAGCAGAUUGUUUUAGAGACAACUGCCUCAUAUCCUUCAACUAUGUUCCGUCACGUGUUCACUACAAAUUUUCGUAAUAUAUCGCUACUAUCACGUUUAUGGAAUGGUCCCAGUGGAGUGUUAGCUGGCAAACAAGCAGAACAGAAAAUGAUCAAUAUAUUACGGAAUAAAUUCCCAAAAGCUGAAUUCAUUGAAGUUACCGAUGUAUCAGGAGGAUGUGGAGCAAUGUUUGAAGUGAAUGUCGUGGCCCCUGAAUUUAAGGGUUUAAAUACAGUCAAACAACAUAGGAUUAUUAAUGAAGCACUUAAGGAAGAAAUUAAAGAUAUGCAUGGUAUACGUAUCCAUACAAGUAUUCCUAGUCCUUAGAGAUAUCUUUUGAAUAAGAGAAUUAAUUUCUAGCUUUGUUGAUCAUUAUACCUAGAUAUAAAAUAUUUUACAAAUCUGUUUUAAGUUAUAAAAUAAAUAGAUGAAAUUUGAAAUAAA